CUUACUCGUAAAUAUAUACCCUAAUCUCUUUCCUUCAUAUAUUUUCUUUGGAACUGCAUAUUCUCUCUCUCUCUCUCUCUCUCUACAUAUUUAUAUAUGUAAUGGGCUUCAAGAAUGAUAAAUCUUCAUUUUCUACGUUAUCUUCUUCCUCUGACAUUAUUGCAACAAACCUUAAUUCAUCGUCACCAAGCAACGUGCCAAUGGUCUCACACAAGCGAAAGGCGGGGAGGAAGAAGUUCAAAGAGACACGGCAUCCUACCUAUAGAGGUGUCCGACGAAGAAAUGGAAGCAAAUGGGUGUGUGAAUUACGUGAACCAAACAAGAAGUCAAGAAUAUGGGUAGGGACCUUUCCUACCCCAGAAAUGGCAGCUAGGGCACAUGAUGUGGCUGCCCUAGCAUUUCGUGGGGAAGCAGCCACGCUCAACUUCCCCGACUCAGUUAGGCUUCUUCCCCGGGCUAAGUCAUCUUCGGCCCGGGACAUACAAAUAGCAGCUCUUGCAGCUGCUAAAGGUUUCCAACCUUUGGCUGCAUCCCCAUCCUCGUCUUUAUCUUCUUCACUUAAUUUGUCACAGAGUACAAGUUCAAUAGAACUCAGAUUACCUUCCUCAAUAGAUUUGGAACCUCCAUUUAUCGAUGAAUCGACUUUCAAGAGUCAAAAGAAGGUUCUAGAGCCUUCUUCAACUGAUUCUGCAGGUGUUUAUGGGUCAGAAGAACAAGUUUUUGCAGGUAAUUCCAUGGCUAUUUUCACAGAUGAGGAAGCAUUGUUCAACAUGCCUUGUUUCCUUGAUAGCAUGGCUGAGGGUAUGCUUCUCACUCCACCAGCCAUGAAAAGAGGAUUUAACUGGGGAGACAUGGCUAAUGACAUGGAGUUGAUUUUAUGGUAGCAUGACUUCAAGAGAUUUAUUCAAUAGUGU